AUGGCAGGAGGCGACGCGUCCGACAUCUCUCUAACCGAUCAUGAUACCCCCCCAGGAACUGUUCUUCUUAUCAGAGAUGAGAUCAGAGACGAGGCUGAGGGACGGCGAGAGAUCGUCCUCAGUCCAUUGCCGUCCAGUGACCCUAACGAGCCAUUGAAUUGGAGCACUGCACGCAAGGCAUGCAAUUUUACGCUCGUACUAGCAGUAACCUGUCUCGUUUUUACAGCGCUCUCUAUCCAACAGAUAUUCUGGCAGUUGAUGGUGGUCGAUUUACACGUUACUUACCCACAGCUAAACAAUGCUAUGUCAGUCAACUUCGUCGGACUCGCGGUCGGAUGCGUGUUUUUCAUUCCGUUCGCGAAGAAGUUUGGCCGAAGACCUGUGUACCUAGUGUCGACCGCGUUGAUGCUCGUCACCUCCUUUUGGGCAGCAGAAAUCAAAACCCUCGCAGAGCUAUAUGUUACCAACCUCCUACAGGGCCUCGCUGGGGCAACGAAUGAGGCUAUAGUCCAGAUUACCGUGAGCUAUCCUGCCAUCACUCCCCAAGCGUCAUGGGCUUACAGCGCUUCCUAUCAGAUCGCAGAUCUCUUCUUUGUGCAUCACCGUGGUGGCAUGAAUGCGUUAUACAUGACCAUGAUGAUGAUUGGGAGCUUUCUCACCCCCAUGGCUGCUGGGGCUCAAGCGACAAGACAGGGUUGGCGAUGGUCCUACCGUACUAUGGGCAUCUUCAAUGCGGUUCUCUUUGUACUUUUUAUCGUCUUCUACGAAGAGUCAAAGUAUACCCCUACCAUUGAAGGAGUCACGCCUGCCGCUAGGCCUGCGCAGCAGAUUCCACCCGAUGAGACGGGCAACAAGGCACCUCUCAAACACGCCACCAGAGUUCAGCAGCGUAGGGCGAGCAGCCCUCCAUUAGAUCACAACAUUCCUAUGAAGACAUGGGGAGAGAGACUGUCCUUGGUAACUUACACACCGGAGCCGAUCUGGCCAUAUUUCUAUCGCCCCAUCGAGAUCCUUUUCACAUUCCCUGCAGUCCUCUGUUGUGGUCUGCAGUAUGCAUGCGGAGUGAUAUGGCUUACAAUCCUUUCAAGCGUGAUCGCUCUCGUAUUUCCCCUUCCGCCAUAUGAGUUCACCCCGGAGCAAAUCGGUUACAUGAGUGUUGGUCCGUUUGUCGGUAAUUUGAUCGGCUCGUUUUACGGCGGCUUCCUUGGAGACUGGUCAAUCAAAUAUUUCUCUCGGCAGAAUUCCGGAUACUACGAGCCAGAGAUGCGUCUGUACAUUCUACACCUCCCGGCAGUUGCCCUCUGUGGUGGUCUCGUCAUGUUUGGAGUAACCAUUGACAAAGGCAUGCACUGGAUUCUACCCAGUAUCGGUGGUGCGCUCUUUGGCUUCGGGCUCGGCAGUAUCAGCGAUGCAUGUCUAACUCUCGUCAUCGAUAGUUACAUGGAGAUCACAGGUGAUGCGUUUACGGGCGUGGCUUUCCUUCGAAAUGCUUUUAGCAUUGGCAUACCCUUUGCCAUCAGUCCUUGGAUGGAACAUAGCGGCUUGACCAAGAUGUUCGUCACCUGUGGCUUUAUCAGCCUGGGAGUUACCGUGACAUUAUUGGGCAUGGCCAUAUACGGAAAGCGCUUUCGAUCCGCGACUGCAAAGCGAUACCGGAAGAUGUCUGGCAUGGGUGGUUGA